AUGAUCGACGCGCAGGCGAAGCGCUUGGCUGAGAUGCAGAAUAAUGAGGAAGCGCGAGUAGAAGGAGAGGUGAAGAAGAAAGAGGAAAACGAUGAAAGGAAGCGCUUAGAGAAGUUGGAGAUGAUGCAGAGGUGGGAGGAGGAUAUUCAGAAGAGUCGUCAGGCUCAGAUACAGCGCAAGCAGAAUGCUCGUGCCAAAGAGAAGGCCGAAGAUGCAGAGACAGCCAAGUUCCUGGCGGAGUGGUGCAAAGUCUUGGAUAAGCAGGAGCAGGAAGAAAAUCGCCUUAAAGAUGAGGCAGCAAAGAAGCUCGCAGAGGACCAUUCAGAACUGAAUCGAAUGGCGCAGGGAACCGUCAGAAUCAGUGCGGCACAGUUUCUGACACAUCAAUCAAACAACAAUGGUGCUGGCAUUUGCUAG